AUGAAAACCCUUCUUUGCGUUGUCGGUUUCCUUGCUAUUGCUUCUGCUCUGGUCCUGCCAGAAAAGAGAGCAAGUUCAUUGGAUUGCUUCUUGUGCCGACUCGCUGUCAAUGUCACCGACCCACCAGUUGACGGAGAAGUUCACAAAGCAGAGGAUAAAUUCAUCGCAGAGUGCAAGAAGGAACUCGCCGGCAUCCCAUUCUUAGAACAGGAAUGCUUAAACUAUGCCCACUCGGAAUUGGAUCCAAUCAUCAAGGAACUUGAAUCGGGAACUGCUCCAGAAGACGUUUGCAAAGAAAUUAAGCAAUGCCCACAAUAA